AUGGCUACAUUCACCUACGCAGAUGACGAUCUGGUCCAGUGCCCUUACAAUCCGAACCACAGGGUGAAGCGGACUCGGAUUGACAACCACCUGUCAAAAUGCAAGAAAAUGGUCGGCCAACCAUGCCUCAGGCCUUGUUUGUUCAACGCCACCCAUCUCAUGCCAGCCAUGGGGAGCCUGUUUCUACGCCACCUUGAGACAUGCCCUGACCGGUCGUCGACAUUGCCGAUGAGACGGGAGGAUGUGGACAGGCCUUAUGUGGUUCCAGUCGCCGGUGCUUCACUGCCGUUGCCAGAACCAGAAGAAAUGUGGGAAGCGGGGACCCCCGCAACGUACAAACCACAGGAGCCAGCUGUAACUCCGGUCUUCCGACAAGUGCAUGGUAUGACACGUGCGGAGCGGCGCCUCUAUUACCAGUCACUUUUUCCAAAUAGCUCUCCUGAGGGUUACGCGCCUUUAAAGCAGCCGAAGGCCCAGAACAGCAUUCUCAGUUCCAGUCAGCCAACCAUUGCUGUUCAUGCCCAGGCCGAGACCCGACAGCCUCAUGGUGCCCAGGCCCAAGAUGACCAUCCACAGGUUGUCCAUGCUGUCCAAGGUAACCAGCGUCUUGGUGGUCAGGCAUCUCCAACUCCUGCAUAUACCGGCGCUGACCCGUACCCUAAUACGACGGAUGCAAAGAGAAGCGUUGAUGUGAAUGAGUUUGUGAAAAGGUUGAAGGCGCUUGGACGUGCUAGUCAGAAUAGAAAUUGA